GAACGUACCCUCCCUCUAGGUUGCAUGACUCACAAAUCAACCAUACUCACUUCUUGUUUCGUAUAUCUGAGCAAAGUUUCUCUUUUCAUAUUUUGCAAAUGUCCGAGACAAAUAUGAAAUUCUGCAAUAGUUAUUUUCUGGUCGAUCCGACCAAAGCAAGUCUUUUUGAUCUUCUUCUCCUUUUAUUUUUCCCAAAUCUGAUCAGCAAAAGCUUCAUAGAUUCUACAUCAGAUACGCUGAAAACCGUCCGGACAAGUUUCGCUAGUCGAUGGAUCAUUGCGUUGGCCGUUUUGGUUCAAAAAAUAUUAAUAUUCGUCAGAAAACCCAUGGCAUUCAUAGGACGUUUGCUCACCUAUUGGCCCAAUCUUCUUUCGGAAAAUGGUGGCUUCUUCAAGUUGAUACUUCAUCUUGUGACAGGAAAACUGGUGAAGCCUGAGGAAUCGUCAACCACAUAUACUUCGUUUAUAGGAUGCUCAGAUCGAAGAGUAGAGCUGGACGAGGAAAUAAAUGUUGCUACCAUCGAAUACAAGUCGAUGUUGUCAAUAAUGGCAUCUAAAAUCGCUUAUGAGAACAAAUCUUUCAUCACUUCCGUUGUCAGGAAUACUUGGAAGAUGGAGUUCGUGGAUUUCUACGACUUUUACAACGCUUACCAAGAAAGAAACCUGACACAAGCCUUCGUAUUCAAGGCGUCGAGCACAAACCCGAAUCUCAUCGUCGUCAGUUUCAGAGGAACCGAGCCUUUCGAUGCAGAUGAUUGGUGCACUGAUCUCGACGUCUCUUGGUACGAAAUGAAGAACGUUGGCAAAAUUCAUGCUGGGUUCUCCAGAGCUCUAGGCCUACAAAAAAACGGAUGGCCCAAAGAAAAUAUAAGUCUCAUACACCAAUAUGCUUACUAUACUAUCAGACAGAAGCUUAGGGACAUGCUUGCCAUAGACAAAAACUCUAAAUUUAUCUUGACGGGUCACAGCCUUGGUGGCGCAAUAGCUGCUCUGUUUCCAGCGAUUCUUGCGGUUCACGGUGAAGAUGAGCUACUUGAUAAGCUAGAGGGAGUCUACACGUUUGGACAGCCACGUAUAGGGGACGAGCAAUUUGGGGAGUAUAUGAAGGAAGUGGUAAGAAAGCAUGGAAUUAAGUAUGAGAGGUUUGUUUACAACAAUGAUAUCGUUCCUAGAGUCCCCUUCGAUGACAAGAUUUUAUUCUCAUACAAGCACUAUGGAUCUUGCAAUUACUUCAACAGUCUCUACAAAGGAAAGGUAAAGGAAGAUGCACCGAAUGCGAACUACAUCAACUUGUUGUGGUUAAUACCGACGAUUUUAACUGGUGCGUGGGAGUUUAUAAGGAGUUUCAUAAUACAGUUCUGGAAAGGCAAAGAGUACAAAGAGAAUUGGAUGAUGAGAUCGCUUCGGAUUGUGGGAAUAGUACUCCCUGGUAUGUCUAAUCAUUUCCCAUUUGAUUAUGUCAACUCCACGCGCUUGGGAGGCUUGGCCCGACCAUGUACUACUCCUGAAGAUAAAAUUGCACUCAUUGCUUAAAAAAAGAAAAAAAUUAAACCACACUCAAUAUCUAAUAAUCCUAUCUACUAUGUCUGCUCUUGUUGGAUUCGACUCUCAUUGUACUUCUAUGUUAUGUUUAUGUUCGGCUUUCUAUCUAAUUGGGAAGAUUCUGAACUUAUUAAUAAGAAUGGUUUUAAUAAGAUUUAUUUGUUUGAAUAUAUUGUAUUUAAUGUUGGUUAACUUAGAUUUAGUUUAUUGUAUAUUGUAUUGAAACAUUUGCGUAAGCAUGGGCAUUCGGGGUUCCAAUCGGGUUUCGGAUUAGUCCAAUCGGGUUUUGGUUUUUUGGGUUUAUCAAAAUUAGCUCCAUUCGGGUUAUAUGAAAAUUCAGUUCGGGACCGGUUCGGGUUGGGUUUAGUAAAUCUUCAAAGAACCGAUACAACCGGAUGUACUUUGGGGUUCGGGUCCCAAUUGGUUCUUCGGUUUAAAUGUACCUGAUUUAUAUCUACUUUGUAACCAAAAAGUAUGUAAAAUCGGUUUUUUUGGGUUUUAAAAUACUUGAUUUGUAACUAUUUUGUAACCAAAACAUAAAUAAAAUCGGUUAAAAAAAAGGAACAUCAAAUGUGAUCAUCAAAAUCAAUUGAAAGGUAAACAUAGUUAUUGAUCGAAAGAAAACCAAAUAAAUGAAAGCAUAAAACGAAAACCAAGUUCUCAUGUAAUGAAAAACAUUAUUCAAUGAAAACAAAACCCAAAUCUAAACUCUUCAACCUUCAACCGCCACCUUCAACCAUCAAUCUUCAUAUAAUAGAUAAUUAUUUUAGAUGUUCAAUAUAUUUUGAAUACAUAUUAGGAAUUGAGAUCAUGUUUGGUACAAGUUCUUUAUGGAAAUUUUGAAUGUUUCGGAUUCUAUCGGGUAUCCAUUUAGGUUCGGGUUCGGUUCGGAUAAUACUCAUAACCCGAGAUACCAUAAAACAAGAUCCAUUCGGUAUUUAUGCAGGGUUCAGAUCAGUUCGGAUUCAUUUUAUCGGGCCGGGUUCGGUUCGAGUUUCUGAGUUCAGUUUAUUUGCUCAGCCCUACAUUUGAGUGAUAUUUAAUUGGAAAAUUUGCCAAAACGGAACAGAAAAACAUGUUUGUCCAUUUGGUAUAAUACUAUCUUUAAGUUGUCCAUUUAGUACAAUGUUUUUUGUAAUCCCAAAACUAACCCUUGAUUAUUCAAAUUAAACACAAUUUAAGAGUUUAAUGAAUUUUA